GACCUAGCUGAAAGGAAUUAAAAAAAAAAAGAUAGAGAGAGAAAGAGAGAGACAAGGAAGCUUUACUGUGUUUGGACAACUGUGUCAACUCGGACGAUUCCUUGCCUCCUUUUACACUCCCCCCCUCUCCCUGAUUCGUUCUCUUUAUUGAACUCGUCCACUUGAGAUUUUAUUUCUGUUUUUUUUUUCUUCGAAAUUAAAGUUCAAUCGGCAUUUCUUUGUUACUUUUCCUUCAGAUCUCGGAAUUUGGUUUUCUGGGCUUCCAUUCUGUUUAUGGGUGCUAAAGAUGGCUCAUUUAAUGUAGUGUAGGGAUAGAUCUUCAUUUUCUUCUGCGAUCUGUUGUCUGGGUUUUCUUUUUUUCUUUUUUCUUUUCUCUUUAGCUUCUGUGUUGGGCUUUUUGGCUUUGGUUUUUAUUAUUUGAUGAUUGUUGGUAAAUUAGAGUUUUUUCUGGUUCAUUUGCGAUUGGCUUUGGAGUUUGGGGUCUUCUUGAAGGACAAGAAGUUCUCUUCCAUCCUCUACUCUGCCUCCGGCUACCAGGAAAGCCGUGAUCGGUUUUUCUUGAUUUUUCAUGUCGCGUAAGUUGGACAGUCCUGUUCAAACUCAGAUGGCUGUGGCAGUGUUUAAUAGUCCUCUUGGAGGGGAAUAUCCUAGGAACAAUGCGAUGGAAGAGAAACAACCUACCCGAAGAAGACGGGUUUUUGUUCAGACUGAGACCGGCUGUGUCUUGGGCAUGGAGUUAGAUCGCAGUGACAAUGCUCAUACGGUUAAGAGAAGGUUGCAGGUUGCCCUUAAUUUCCCUACAGAGCAAAGCUCGCUGACUUUUGGCGAUGUGGAGUUGAAGAAUGAUCUUAGUGCCGUUCGGAAUGAUUCUCCACUUCUCCUGACACGGAACUAUCUCCAUAGAAGCUCCUCUACUCCUUGUCUUUCGCCUACUGGAAGGGACCUUCAGCAGAGAGAUAGGAGUGGUCCUAUUGAGAUACUGGGGCAUUCUGAUAGCUUUAACGUAUUAAAAAUUCUGGUUAAGGAUGUUGUUAAGGCGAUUAAGAUGGGUGUUGAUCCACUUCCUGUUCAUAGUGGCCUGGGAGGUGCCUACUACUUCAGGAACCCUAGAGGUGAGAGUGUUGCAAUCGUGAAGCCAACAGAUGAAGAACCUUUUGCACCAAACAAUCCGAAAGGCUUUGUUGGGAAAGCCCUUGGACAACCUGGUUUGAAACUAUCUGUCCGAGUAGGGGAGACAGGUUUUAGAGAAGUUGUGGCUUACCUUCUGGACUAUGGUCAUUUUGCAAAUGUGCCUCCGACUGCUCUGGUGAAGAUUACUCACUCAGUCUUCAAUGUCAAUGAUGGGGUGAAUGCACAUAAGCCUCUGAAGAAGAAUCUGGUUAGCAAGAUUGCGUCUUUCCAACAAUUUAUACCACAUGAUUUUGAUGCUAGUGAUCAUGGAACCUCAAGCUUCCCCGUUUCUGCUGUGCACCGCAUAGGGAUACUUGAUAUACGAAUAUUUAACACAGACAGACAUGCAGGAAACCUUUUAGUGCGGAAGCUUGAUGGUAUUGGGAGGUUUGGUCAGGUAGAACUCAUUCCUAUUGAUCAUGGCCUUUGCUUGCCAGAAACUUUGGAGGAUCCAUACUUUGAGUGGAUUCAUUGGCCUCAGGCUUCAAUUCCUUUUUCCGAGGAUGAACUUGAGUAUAUAGAGAAGCUUGAUCCUAUUAAAGAUUGCGAGAUGCUGCGAAGGGAACUCCCCAUGAUACGGGAAGCUUGCCUACGUGUUCUGGUUCUCUGCACAAUUUUCCUCAAGGAAGCUGCAGCCUUUGGUCUCUGUCUUGCUGAAAUUGGUCAGAUGAUGAGUAGAGAAUUUCGAGCUGGAGAGGAGGAACCUAGUGAGCUAGAGGUUGUUUGUCUUGAGGCAAGGAGGUUAAUUGCAGAGCGGGAGCUGUCAUCUCCUAAGUCUGAAGUGGGAGAUGCAGAGUUCCAGUUUGAAAUUGACUGUGAGGAACCAGAAUCGGAGUUCAUCCCAAAAAUGGCAACUGAUGAUUCUAUGACCAGAGCAUCAUUCCAAUUUGGAAAUGGAUUUGUGAAUAACCACCACCGUUUACCACUUUCGAAGCUGGAGGAAUGCUUUGAGGAAGAUGAAGAAAGUGAAUUGGAAGCUGAGCAGAAUGGUUUUUCUCCUUUCGAAGCUCUUGAAAGGAUCCCAUCCAUUUCGAAGCUUUCAAUGUCACUUAGAGAUACUUGCUUAGGUGACAAGAGCCAGAAAUAUUCCAAAUUUUCAGGAACAAAACAAGAAAAUGGUUAUCUUACAAGCUCAUCCGGGCAUAGGAGUGCAAAUGAGCAACUUCCUGCAAGUGUGAGCUUUGUGAAGCUGGCUGACCUGAAUGAAGAGGAAUGGAACUUCUUCUUGGAGAAGUUCCAGGAGUUGCUGAAGCCGGCAUUCAGUAAACGAAAAUCUGUUACAGUAGGUCAAAAGCAGAUGCAGAGGCUUGGUACAUCGUGCCAGUUUUGAGAUUGAGGUGAUACCAAAAGAGGCAAGUUGAGUUGAGUGAAGAAGAAAUAAGAGAUUGUAAGUUUGUUGGGAGUUGAGAUGCAUGGAUUGUUAGGAUAGAUACAGUGAUAUGGAUUUUGCAUGGAAUGUUGUAGGAUGAGUUCCCCUGUAAAUAUUCUUUGGCUUCAGCCAAGUGGAGAGAGAGCUGAGGUUAGUAGAAUUGCUUGUAUUUUUUUUUUUUCCCCUUAAACCCUUUAGCUUUGAUUUUCUUCCUUUUGCCCCCUUUUACUUUCCACCUUAACUUUGUUUGAUAAAUAAUCUGUAGAUUGAAGUUAAAAAGGAAAUGAAUAUUUAUGUGACUUUGGGCA